AUGUCGAUCUUCGAGUACAACGGAAGCGCCGUCGUGGCCAUGGUCGGCAAGAACUGCUUCGCCAUUGCCAGCGACCGAAGGCUCGGGGUUCAGCUCCAAACCAUAGCCACCGAUUUCCAACGCAUUUCCAAGAUUCACGAUAAGCUCUUCAUCGCUCUCUCUGGCCUUGCCACUGAUGCUCAGACUCUGUAUCAGCGUCUCGUUUUCCGGCACAAACUGUAUCAGCUUCGUGAAGAGAGGGAUAUGAAGCCGGAGACCUUUGCCAGCUUGGUCUCUGCCUUGCUCUAUGAGAAAAGGUUUGGUCCAUAUUUUUGCCAACCUGUAAUUGCUGGAUUAGGUGAUGAAGACAAACCAUUCAUUUGCACAAUGGACUGUAUUGGAGCAAAGGAGCUUGCAAAAGAUUUUGUUGUUUCUGGCACUGCAUCUGAGUCUCUGUAUGGUGCUUGUGAGGCGAUGUUUAAGCCUGACAUGGAACCGGAGGAUUUGUUUGAGACCAUCUCCCAAGCACUGCUAGCGUCCGUAGACCGUGAUUGUUUAAGUGGUUGGGGAGGACAUGUCUAUCUUGUGUAA